AUGCGGCUGGGCCGAGCUCAGUGGUCUGCCCAGGCGUCUGAAGCAUUCAAAGCCAGGCGCCGACAGUCUGCCAGAAAGGUGUCCACACAGGAGGAGCAAACCCACGAGUCGUGCUGGACCGUGGUGGGGCACCCACAGGCAGGACGUGAAAGCUGGGAGCGCGGCAGCCACGGUGCAGAGAAGCACUGCGACAAGGGCAGCGCCAUCCAGAGCCAGCAACCUAGCUCCCACAGCAGCUACAGGUGCCGUGCUAGUCAGACCCACACCACACAGCCUAGCUCCCAUGCCAGCUACAGGUGCCGCUCUAGUCAGACCCACACCACACAGCCUAGCUCCCAUGCCAGCUACAGGUGCCGCUCUAGUCAGACCCACACCACACACCCUAGCUCCCACGCCAGCUACAGGUGCCGUGCUAGUCAGACCCACACCACACAGCCUAGCUCCCACACCAGCUACAGGUGCCGCGCUAGUCAGACCCACACCACACAGCCUAGCUCCCAUGCCAGCUACAGGUGCCGCUCUAGUCAGACCCACACCACACAGCCUAGCUCCCACAGCAGCUACAGGUGCCGCGCUAGUCAGACCCAUACCACACACCCUAGCUCCCACAGCAGCUACAGGUGCCGCGCUAGUCAGACCCACACCACACAGCCUAGCUCCCACACCAGCUACAGGUGCCGCACUAGUCAGACCCACACCACACAGCCUAGCUCCCAUGCCAGCUACAGGUGCCGCGCUAGUCAGACCCACACCACACAGCCUAGUUCUCACACCAGCUACAGGUGCCGCGCUAGUCAGACCCACACCACACAGCCUAGCUCCCACAGCAGCUACAGGUGCCACGCUAGUCAGACCCACACCACACAGCCUAGUUCCCACACCAGCUACAGGUGCCGUGCUAGUCAGACCCACACCACACAGCCUAGUUCUCACACCAGCUACAGGUGCAGCGCUAGUCAGACCCACACCACACAGCCUAGCUCCCACAGCAGCUACAGGUGCCGCGCUAGUCAGACCCACACCACACAGCCUAGCUCCCAUGCCAGCUACAGGUGCCGCGCUAGUCAGACCCACACCACACACCCUAGCUCCCACACCAGCUACAGGUGCCGCUCUAGUCAGACCCACACCACACAGCCUAGCUCCCACACCAGCUACAGGUGCCGCGCUAGUCAGACCCACACCACACAGCCUAGUUCUCACACCAGCUACAGGUGCCGCGCUAGUCAGACCCACACCACACAGCCUAGCUCCCACACCAGCUACAGGUGCCGCGCUAGUCAGACCCACACCACACAGCCUAGUUCUCACACCAGCUACAGGUGCCGCGCUAGUCAGACCCACACCACACAGCCUAGCUCCCACACCAGCUACAGGUGCCGCGCUAGUCAGACCCACACCACACAGCCUAGCUCCCACAGCAGCUACAGGUGCCGCUCUAGUCAGACCCACACACCACACAGCCUAGCUCCCACAGCAGCUACAGUGCCUUCCAACACGUUGUUCCUGCGUAGAAGACGCUUCUCCAGUGGCUCCCCCAUAAGACUGUGGUUCCUGAAGGUUCGCCAACCUACAGAGCACCAUGUCGAGAAAACCGACUCCUCACGGGCCAAGCGUCCCCCAGAAGUCAUGACUCUGCUCCAAAUGUUUACCCGAGGCCGCUUUCGACUGAGACGCUGA